AUGGCCUCUGAUGCGCAAAAUCAGUUCCUCUGCUCCCUUUGUCAGAGCUUCAUUACUUGGACCAAGAUCCCAAACUUGACAUCUGAAGCCGGAUUUGAGACGCCUUACAAGCCAAGUUUUGAAGCUCUUGAGGCUUCAGCGGCCCACUGCCCACUUUGCCAACAUGCUUUUCGAAAUGUCCUAAAUGGGAAGCCUCGUUAUGAUGGGCGAGAACCUACUCCAGUGUCAUACAGAAUAUUUGCCGAAGUCAACACGGGGUCCGAACGACGCUUAAUGAAUGUCACUUGGGUAGAAGAUCUUCCGUUCUCAAGUGCAGGCCCUCGAGACCCAGUAUACUAUCUUGCACAUCCUGAAAACAUUAAAAAUAGAAUAUUAUGGCGAGAAAAGGUACCAUCAUUCAACUCUCGGCUGAAGGCUGUCUCAGAAUGGAUGUCAGAAUGCGACUGUCAUCAUACUCGAUGCAUCGAAAAGCCAACACUAAGACCUCAAAGGCUUUUAGAUCUGUCCGACGUUGAGGAUUCGAAAGUAGUCCGAUUGAUCGAAACCUCUACUUCUGUUGAGAUCGAUGUUCGUUAUUCUACUCUUAGUCACUGCUGGGGACCCCCAACCUCCGAGCCACCAUUAAAGACUACGUCAACCAAUAUAAACAACCACUAUAUGGGUAUCCCGGUAGAAAAUUUGAAUCUCAAUUUUAGAGACGCCGUCUUCAUUUCCGUUAAGCUUGGUCUUCGAUACUUAUGGAUCGAUUCCCUAUGCAUCAUCCAAGAUGACCAUAGAGACUGGGAAAUGGAGGCAGCAAAAAUGGUAGACAUAUAUCGCCAAAGCUAUAUCAAUCUCGCUGCCUCUGCAGCACAUGAUGCCCAUGGAGGUAUAAUUGACGUAUCUUCUCUUCAUAUAUCCAGGCGUACGACUACCACUGUAGUCCGUCACAGCCUAGCGAGCCCAGCCGCAGCGAGCUUAGCGGGUGAGCUGUACGAGGAAUUCAUGAUCAGGCCUACGACACUAAAAGAAGAGUCUCGUAAACUUUUAUCUCGUUCAUCUUCCCCGUACUUUGCACGGGGUUGGGUACUCCAAGAAGUUGCGCUUGCUCCGCGGACGAUGUACUUUACAACCGAUCAAAUGAUGUGGCAAUGCCGGCAUCUUUUUGAAUCCGAAGACGGAACAUGCUCUUCAAGCGGUGGGGUUCCGGCAUUGACUUACGCUUAUUCAACCUCAGAAAUUUUUGACUUUACAAAAAAACAGAAAGCCUUCUCAAUAUGGCAAGUGUGGCUGAAGUCAUAUGUGACUCGAGAGCUUUCAUAUCCCUCCGAUGUCGCAGCCGCAGCCGCAGGCUUAAUCAACUAUUACCAAUCUGCAACUGGGUACACACCUAUGCUUGGGCUGUGGAAAGAAACGCUGUAUGCUGAUCUGCAGUGGUCGAUUUCGGGUGGUCACUUCCAGGACGCGCCUCCACGAAAUAACUUUCCAUCUUGGUCUUGGCUAUCUCUUUUACCAUGCGGUAACCCAGGAGUAUCGUUCGAUGAUAUUACAUAUCUUGGGAGCACAGCCCAGUUUCUUCGAAUUGAAGAAUGGGAGGAGAAGUGGAGCGGUCUACCUUUUACAUCGACACUCCAGUUCUCAAAAUUGGUGAUUUCAACAAUCACUCAGGAUGGAAUACUUUCCGUUCCCUCUGCUGAAAGUGAGACUGUUUCAAGUGUGAAGGUUGAAGUACAGGGAAGCUGUAUAUGGUACGAUUAUCCCAAGAUCGAAUACCAGCUACCUGUGGGAUCGAAACAGGCAGUUAAGGUAGCUCAUCACGAGCAAACCAUAUUUCGAUAUGAUACUACCGGUAUCGCACGUUCAUUUCGGGACAGCUAUCUUGUUAUAAGAAUGACAACAGAUAAUCCUCCCCGAUAUCAACGACUUGGGACUGGUAAGAUUUAUACAUUCAUUGAUGAAAAAGUAGACACCUGGAGUCCAACAGGCCACUUGGAGAGACACUUUAAGGAAUCAGAUAGACAGAGUAUUGAACUAGUGUGA